AUGGAAGGCAGGAAAACCAAGGGCAGGCAAAAGAUUGAAAUGAAGAGGAUUGAAAACCAAGAUGAUCGCCUUGUUACUUUCUCGAAAAGGCGAUCUGGCGUGUAUAAGAAGGCAAGUGAGUUAGCAACCCUAUGCGGCGCUGAGGUUGGUGUGGUGGUAUUUUCACCCUCCGGAAAGCCAUUUUCCUACGCUAACUCUUCCAUUGACUCAAUAGCGAACCGAUUUCUAAAUGGCCACCACCACCAUCAUCAGCACCAUGAUUAUGAUCAUGAUCAAAAUCAUGAUAAUAUUGAUGAUAAUAUAAUGAAUCUUGAUGCUAUUGAUCGGAGCCGCCAUACUAUUGUGGAGGCCUACCGGCAGGUAAGAAUCGAUGAGAUGAAUAAGAAACACAAUGAGUUGGUGAGCGAGCUAGAAGUUGAGAGGGAGCGAGGGAAAGCGCUUCAACAGAGGAUGAAAGCAAAAGGCUGGUGGGAGGCUCCUAUUGAGGAGCUCGACUUGAAAGGACUCAAACAAUUGCAUGCUUCCUUUCAACACCUCCGCAAUGAUCUCCGCCCUGCUCUCACCUGCGUCAACAACCUCAAUCCUCACUAG